ACAAUAAUACAAAUAAGCUAAAAUAAGAGCCCCUAGCAAAAUCAAAUUUUACAACAUCCCUCGUGAAAUUAACUCGAUAAAAUUUCAUUUGAUCAACAUUAAAUUGGGUUGGCAACACAUUUUUCUUAUCCACGGCACACAGCAAAAAAUGUUUCCUGAAAUAUUAUGGAGUGAAGCAUUUUUUCUAUGAACCCAUUUUCCAUUAAGUGUCUUUUUUCAACCACUAAUUGCCCACGAAUUGUCUUUGUGACUCACUGACAUCACAAUGUAACUUUUUAGCCCCUUAACAGAACCUGCAAUAGGAUGGACCUGGAAAAGGUUUUAAAAUAAUAAUUCAUCUAUAUAGACUGCCUUCUCAUUUGAAGUAUCAACAUCAAAUGUUAAUUAUGUAGGGUGCAAAAUCUUUUUUGAGUAAGUAACUCCCCUUAACCAGAAUGCACAUUAUCCUUAUUAUUUUGUCCUUAGCAUAGCAGAUGUUACUCAAUCUAAAUUUCAUGUGUUUAUCCUUGUCGGUUCUUCAAUAACUUUUGUUUUAAUCUCUAUUGGUCUAUGUUCAUUCUAUAGAAAAUAUCCAAAAACAUGAUUUAUCUUUUAACGGCAUUUGACAUGCAUAAAUACAGCGAAUCAAAAAAUAACUUAGGCCAAAUUGAUCAGAGCACGGGCGCAAAAAGGAAUUGGAAACUGCUCACGUGAAACCACUGCGCGCUGCUCAAGGAUUUCACCGAUUUGCAGAAAGGUGGAAAUUGUUCCCGUCUUUUUCUCUGUGCGCAAUUUGACUGGUCAAUCGCUCGUGGUCGAGUGGCUGUAAGCCACCUUUACCUGUGUCAAAUGCCUUUAAGUAACGUUGCAGAAAAAACGCCUUUUAAAUUUCAACUUGCCCCAAUAAUUCGCCCUUAUUAACUUUUUUAAACCUUUAUAGCGACUGCUGCCAGCCAAAAAACAUAUUAUGUCGACGACAUCCAUCCAGGCUUCCAAAAAAAAGUUUUUUUGAGUAGGUUUCUACUGUACGCCAUCUUGUUCAUCUCAGCAGACGAUAUCCAUAUCCUAUCGUUCUGAUUCAUGUUAUUGUUAUUCCACGUGCCAGUUAUGCUUCUACACUUGCCUUGUUCAUAGACUAUGCCUUGUUGAACCCAAUACAACUUGAAAUUGUAAAAAUCGCAAUUUCAUGCAAUAUUUUCGCGAGACUGUCUGUGACCAGUCUGCAAAUUCAAAACUCUCUCCAGAUGCCAUUUUGAAGUUGAACAAUUUUCUUCUUUAGUCAAGUUUUUUGCUAGCAUAUUUUGGCAUACCGUAAAUUUUCGAAUUGUCAUGCCAAAUUGCAUACCGCUCGAAAAUCCCCCCUGGAAUAAGCCACCCUCGAAUAACCCCCAUCAAAAAAUGCUAAAAAUAAAUAAGCUCCCAGAGGGCUAAUUCGAGGAUUUGCGCAAUAUUGAAAACGCCUGGCCUAGGUAUUGCCAUGCGUAUCGUAUUUUUGGCGCCAGAAUCUAUAUUUUCAGAUAAGGUCCUUUUGAUCGUCUGCUAGAUAUUCUUGGUUUUUGGUAGCUCAAUUAUCCUUUAUUAAUAGAAACAAGAAAUGACAAAGGAAAGUAGCCUAUCAGCUAUAUGCUUGGCGGCCCACCUGAUUUCGGCUUCUAAUGCUUGCAACAACAAAAACCUUUUGCCCUUUGCUUUUUUGUCUAUAGGAGCAAGCAGCAAUACAAAUAAUUUCCAAAAGAGUUAUUGCAAUCAAUAUUCAUGUCUUGUAAGAUAUGGCGCGCAUUGAUGGGCUUCAAUUUCUGCUCUUUUGAUCAGCAGAAUUGCGGUUUGUAUUUAGUAUUUACAAGCAACUAAAAAAAUGAUGAUCGCCGCAAUAUUGACAAGAAUUUAAGGAAGUACAGGAUUAAUUAGUUAUAAUUGACGAAUGAUACGUAAACAAAGAUGCAAUUGUCAGCCUGAAUCGACAGUCACAUAAUAAAUACGGAAAGAAAAGCUAAUUAGAAAUGGAGGGUAUUUAGGUGGGAGUUAUUGUGCAUAAAAAAUUUAAAUUAAGCAAAGACGUAACACGACACCAAGGUUGAAUGACUUGCUUCACGUACGUCGUAAGCUGAAGGUCAGUUGAUUCUGAACCGAGACCAGCUGGUAUUUUCUACUGACUGAUUCCUUUGAAUCUCCUUCCAGAAACGUUCAGUUUGCAACUCAAAUUCGACGAUUUCCCAAGUUAGAUUUGGAGAACCAACGAUUCAAAAGGUCGUAAAACAAGGCGUUAGAUGAGCAGAUAUGGAACAGGAAACCAACAUAUACCAUGGCCUUCUCAUUACAGUUUCUAUUCUCAUCAUAUUUGCAAACUCGUAUUCACUCUCACUCUUCAUGAGGUACAAAAACCUGCUGUCAAAGGUAAACUUCAUGCUACUUAGCUUGGCAUUAUCGGAAUUUAUGACGGGCGCAGUAAACAUACCCUCGAUGGUGCACGCAGAAAGGGUGAAUGCUAAACACAUGAUGGAGAGUAUUACAUUUCUACUGACAGCUGAUAUAAUAACAAUUAUGUGCGCUGCAACAACGAUGAUGACUUUAUGCGGCAUCAUCAUCGAUCGAUACUUAAUGAUCUGCUUUCCUUUUAAGUAUAUGAGCAUCGUCACGAAACGUAAAAUCAUAAUGUUUAUCAUUGCCAGUUGGACGCUGCCGCUGAUUGUCAGCUUCGUACGCCUUGUAUGGCUUGCGCCACUUUUGAGCGUCAAACCAACGCAUAUAAAAAACUUUACGCUAUACAACGAGAAAAGAAAAACUGCUUUGCGGUACGACAGGAUCUUCUAUAUUGUCGGCAGUUCCACAUAUCUCCUCGUUGUGAUAACAUUGGUGAUACUCUUCGUCCUGAUGUUUCAUUCCAUACGACGAUUGGGGAGAGAUGAACGCGAAUUCACAACGGAGAGGCGGGACAAGGAGAUGCUGAAACGCGAGACUAAAGCGGUCAUUCUUUUUGCUGUGAUGUUCUUUGCUUUCAUCUUAUGUUGGACACCGCUAGUCAUAUUUCGCCUGUUAGCGUCGGUUUUCCCGAAAAUUUUCAUACAAAUACCGAUGCGAGUAGUUCACGCGUUGAUCAUCAUCAAAUAUCUUACAUCAAUCUUAAAUCCUUGCUUGUACAUUCUUUACAAAUAUGAAUUCUACCAAGAAUUCACAAAAGACCGGAAAGUUAUAAAGAAACUGUGCUGUUGUCAGAAGAGACAAGGGCACCAGAGAGACUUGCUAACUGAAGUAUCCUUUGUAAGCCAUCAACACCAAAAUGGACAGAGCAACUCUCAUUGGCUGGACAGUAAACAUGAACAAGGGCUUUUAUCCGCAGCUGAAGUUUAGAAGACCACACUCAGACAUUUAGAGCUCAUGCAAUGUUGCUGCAACUGCAACUUUGCUGCAACACACAUGCAACAUAUUGCAAUGUUGCAGCAACGAAUUCGAACUAUAAAAACGGAGAGUAGGACAAGAACAUUUUGUAUAGCAGUUAUAGAAGCAUAUAUUAAGUUAAAUCAUCGAUUACGGGCAAAGUGUGCAGAGCACCAGAUAGAUAUGGGUCUUCUAGUAAAGACGAUAUGAAAAAAUUAAGUUGACAACGACAAAAGCUGUACAGUUUAUAUUCGUUACUUUUUUAAAAAGUAUAUCAUUAUUUUAACCACUGUAUAAUAGAAAUGUACUAUGUUCAGGACACACAAUUGCAAUUUUCAACUUUGUUAAGAGCUUUAAAACUAUUUUCUGUUUCCGCGAAUUGCUUAAUUCACAGUCAAUGCUUAUGUAGAUUCGAAAAUGUGGUUUUCUUACAAAUAACAUAGCCACCGUGAAAAUAUUUUAUUGAAUAAGUCUAAACUCAAUAUCAACCAGUGUGAAUGCCCUUUAUAUGUAAAUUAAUUCACAUAAGGAAAAAAUGGAUUCCCCGUUUAUCAACCAUUGUGAGACAGCUAUUUUUAACAGUUACAUAUGCUUCGGUUUGCCAGCUAGUCUCCUUCAUCGAGAAGCAUUCAAGUUCAAAACUAAUUAGAUCUUGCCACUAACUUUGGCUUUCUUCCCGACCAUCAUACCAUUUGAAAAGGGCAGGCUUUGAAAAAACCUGUUACAAAAUCACUACCAGAUAACUUCAUCAAGUCCACAAAUAGUAAUGCAGGUUAACAAUCACAACUUGAUGUAUAUGGGUAUACCCUGUCCUUUGAAAAUUAUUCAAUGCCUCGAAAGAAUGCCUUGGAAGGAUGCCUUAUAAGGAUGCCUUGUAAGAUUGACUUUACUUCGCCCCGUAGCUCUUCAGCAUUGUUAUAAACUGCUCCUCAUGUGUAAGAAAGACGCGAUAUGCACUUUUUUCAUUUUGGUUAAAUCCAUUAUAGUAGCAUGGUUUAAAUCUAUUUUUUUGCAUUUGUAACUUUGUUUAGGCGCACAUUACUUUUAUCAAACGUACAAUUGAUACACGAGCUUGGAAACCCGUUUACGCAACUAACACUAUGUACGUUUACGCAAAAUAAAACGGGCAGACAGGCUUUUUAAGUUGAUUGGAAAAUAUAUGAACCGAUAAACCAUGUACAAAAUAUAUGACCGUGUAAUCCAUGGAUAGAUUUGAUGAUUUACUAUAUAAAUAUGUAUACGACGAAAGAGAAGCUGUGCUACCUAGCUACAUCAAACACAUCCCUUUAAGAGAAAUUACUGUGUCUAUUUCUUGCGUUUGUCUGUUUAAGAGAGCUUGUCUGGCAAACAAGGUGGAAAAUGAGAUUAGUGAGUGAAAAUAGGCUGAAAAUACACUUGCAAUGAAUCUGAUAUCUAAACAUAGGUUAAGCGUAGUCAAUAGAAGGGUCAGAUUAGAAAGAAUUUCAUAGAUACAGCUAGGCACUUUAUCAAAACAUGGUCAACAAAAAAUAUCUUAACAAACAAAAUAUUCGAAGUCUAGACAGUUUAAGUAGUAUUUGCGCUCAGGAAAUGACAAUGGAAGAGGCAGCCUAAAAUUUUCUAACAGUGUACUGAUCUUCGGCAGCGGACCUUUCUGGUUCAGUUCGUCUUGUGACCCAUACAACAACCUCAACGUCCCCACUUUUUUCUGGAACCUUUAUACAACUUGAAUAACUCAUUGCUGUUCAUCAUAAAAUCCAAAAGUGAACUCUAGAAAAAGUCUAUCUUGUCUUUAGCCUCAAGCAUAGUAGCAGGUCUUUUCCAGGCCAAAGUUCUUUUGGAUUUAAUCUUUACAGGAUCUGUGCACUCUGUACUAGCCAUGACCAACAUCAGUGUUCGCAAAUCGAUUGAGUUAUGCUGACGUCACCAAGAACAGCUACAUAUCAGUUCCUUUCAGUGCACUUAGUAAAAUUCCCAGCGUUUCUUGACUUUAUAAAAUCAAAUAUCACUUGCAGAUUUAUUCACGGCUCAUUUUCUGGUAUCAAUGUUAUUCUUGCAGUUUACGAGUUUUACGUCAAGUAUAAUGCAUUUAAGACCUCGAGAAAAUUCAUCACAAACACGAUUACCGUAAAAUCCACGAUUAAGCAGCGGGUAUCCUCAUUAACAAUGCUCGUUGAUCGCAAAACACUUUAAGCAUCCAAUAUUAAACCGGGCAGCUGACGUAACGUCAAAUUAGUGGUCUUAACUGGGAAACAGACCGGCAUUCAGAAGGAUGUCUGUGAAGAGAAACAAAGGUUAUCUAUUCUAGAACGUGGCAUAUUAUAAAGAGGAAGAGCAUGAGGAAAUACAAGCAAAAAGAGUAUAGGACCUAGCAUAGAGAGGUUCUCGGUAGUCGAAGGCCGGGAAAGGGUUUAGUGGAAUGGGAAAGUCUAUCUGUUGAUAAAAAAACGCGAAAUAUCUUCCUAAAUUAUCACAAUGGACAGAUAAUAAGGUGACAUAAGCCAUAUGCAAAUCAAUAUAAGCGAAUCAAAAAGCGUAUGAGUGGUAUGAGGCUCACUGAUUGGCCGAUUGUUUGGUUGAAAGAUGGUUUAGGACACUUCAAGACAAGGUAUCUGUCGGUUGCCUUUCACCUCACGUUAAACAGUAUUAUGAAAAAUGCAGUAUUGGUAGUGGUUGCAUAGGAGAAAACAAAUGAAAUUCAAAGAUGCUUUCGGAAAACUUUCGCUAUGGAUUUAUUCACAGGAAAUGAUUUGGAUAAGAUAACACAUUAAUAUUUCGGAAUUUCCUUAAUAAUUAAGUUAACCCCUGAUAAAUUAUCUUUGAAGGAUUGAUUUGGCCUUCAACAUAACAAAAUAAUAAGCUUAGAAGUAAAUGAGUUCAGCAGUUUUCCUCGUGACAACGAUAUCUAGUUAAGACAUUUACCAAUGAUUAGAGAGGUAAUUGAGUGUCUAUGAUAAUAGAGCAUUAUUUUUAAGUAAAUCUCUACAAUCACAGUUAGACCACGAUUUGAUUUUUAACUAAAUAUAAUCUUGUAACAAAUGCCAAUUCUUGUAGCUCUAAAUAAAUUUCACGAGUUAACGAAAAACCAUAGUUAAUAGGGGUGGCAUCAGCCUUUUUAUUUCUUUUUGAAGACGUUAAAUAAAAUUUACAAUGUAAAAGUAGAAAUUUCCUUUAUUUCUAGAAUUUAGAACUGCAGCACAAUUUUUAAGCCAAUUUGGCAUACAAUAACAUUUUUGGUUGCAUACAUCAACUAGAGUAGUUAUGUGUAGAGCGGUAUUGCAAUAAGGUGGACCUUCAACACAACAAAAUGGCAUAAAAAAGCGAAAUAUUGUGUAGAAAUGUUUCGACAUUCAAUCGUUGACACACCAGUAAGUAUCAAAAGAAGGAUAGUGGCUGAAAAUUAACAAAGGUGUAUAUUGUAGUGUUAAUUGACAAAAACCCGAGAGCUAUCUACCUUUGACUGCCUACUUUCGUCGUCAUCGUACGAAAUUUAAUCGUUCGCAAGUUGUAAACCUUCGAGCUAUUUGUUUCACCAAUCAUUUUCCAUGUAACCCACACAUGCUAAAGAGUUUAAGUGAGAAGUCCUGGGAUUCGGGACAAAGAUAGACCCGAAAAAACGAUAACAAAAUGAGAAACGACCUUUCUUCCCAAUAAAAGUUGUUUGGGCACGGAUCCUAUGAAUGCAUAUUUGUGGAAAUUCCAAAUAGCCAUUGGUUCACUUUUCGUACCAUCUCAUUUACUUGGGUUUUACAACAAUUCAAGCAAUCAUUAGCAGCAUUUAUAUUCCAUGGGCGAAUCGACAGAACCUAAAUAGUUCACAGAAACUUGAAGUUCCCGAGUGAAGAGAAUAAAACCAGCGAGACAACCAUUUGGAGCUGGAAACAAAACAUGUACUUUGUCCACGGUAAGGUCCGAGACUGAUAACUAACACCCAAUAGCUCACAAUUCUAUCGAAACUCAAAGAAAUCUUUGAGAUGAGAACGGCGAGACGUUUUGAGAAUGAGAAACCUUAGAUUGCUGAAAAGACAGAUUUUAAUUUACGCAUGGCAAGUUUACUUUAUCACUCAAUAAGGAAAAACUUGUUGAUCAAAAAUACUUGAUUUAUUCAACAUUUAAGGGUGUAAUCAUACCUUGAAUCAACGAGACGUGUUGAUGAGAUCUUGCAGCGAUGUAGGUCUCCACUGGCCUUGAAAACUCGUGAAUAUCACAUUUCGAUCCAAAUAAACCAUUGAUUUUCCAAAUGAAUAUAUUGCUUUACCUUCGAAGCGUUUGUUGGGCAUGGGCAUAAAGAGGAUGUUGUUCUCUUCAGCCUGAAAAAACAAGAAAAAGAUCAUAAUGAGCAAACAUCAAUCUUGACCAUUAUAUUCAAAAGGAGGUAAAUUCUUUAAAUAAUUUAGAUUGUUAUUGAAAGAUUACACUACACUAUAACAGUGUCAUUUAGAUUAUUUAAAAAAGGAGCAUUUAAGGAUAGCAAACUAAACCUAUAUGAAAAUCGAGAUUUUCUUUAUUUUCCUGAACUAUCAUUAUUGCUCAAAGUUUGCAGUAUUGAUCUUAUAAAUACAUUAACUUCUUAGCAAACUAAUUUCCUUUCAGCUAUAUGUAUCUUUUUAGCUAAACAUUCCUCUUCAGAACAGAACAUGUUUUAGAAGAUCUCCGGGGCCCUUAAUGGCAAGCAUAGGGAAAAACAGGCAUGACAAGUAGAGAAAUAAACGAUAGAAUAUAUAACACAUGGAAAUAACGAGGAGAGGGGGGUGUGAACAUAGACAUGUUACGGUUUACCAAGCUUCCAUGGUUUACUGCUUGCAAAGCAAGAAACAGUUCAAACUUUUCUCAAAAUGGGCAUCUCCAUUUCAAAAGCUUAACGAUUUAGGCAAAGUUAAAAAUCCAAGACAUGAAUUGUUUCUACCAGAGUUAAGGACUGUCUUGUUUUAUCAAGUAUGAACUAAGGGAGAGGGUGAACGGCUACUGAUAAGCUGUCAGAAAAAUAGCGAGACGUAACUUGUUUUACUGAGUAGCAGCAUCAGCAUGCAAGAAAAAUUGGCAGAUCUUGCAAAUAGAAAAGUGAAAGGAGAAAUGUGGUUGGGCUUACAAAGACUGAUUAGUAUUGUAACAUCAGAUCAAAUGCAAUGAGAAUAUGGAUGGCAUCGACAAACUGAUUCUAUCAAUUGAAAGCACACUUUGUUAUCCAGAUCAGUUACCCAAGUGCUUCCUCGGCUAAAGAUCGAUACUUUCAUUUCUCAUUUCAAAUCAUAUCUUCAGUAAAUGAUGUCAUCUGUGGCUUUCAGGUUAAUAAGAAAUACUAAUUUCUUCGUCAGAGAACCAUUUAUCAUAAGAGAAUUUUAAUUAUCUAUAGUGAAGCGUUUCCAGUUUUGUGGAACAAGAAUUGAUUGUAAGUAUGCAGUCUGUAUCUUCAUUAUAAAAGCUGUUCAGCUAAAAUUAAUAUGAAAAUAUAGGGAAAAUUAGACCAGCAGAAUAAAAAGGUUUUCUGUUUCUUGAAGAAUGUAAUUUCUGUCAUUAAGUGUUCAUGGGUUUAUUUGGGUUUAUAUCAUUACUUAAAUUUUGUCAAAGGCACUGAAAACAUCGAUGGUUUUUUCAAACUACCGGUGAUUCACCCCGUAGAAACUAAACUAAUGAAAAUAGUCGACAAAAGCCCAUUUCAGCAGAGUAAUUAAAAAAGAGAUCUAGUGGUUCAGAUGACGCAACAGCUUCAAGCAAUGUGACUAGAAUUGUUAGUUAUAUAUGGAACAAACAAACAGGACAGCACCUCACAUGCUACUUAUAAGGGUCGGUAUUAAAACUGGCAAAAAGGGAAGGAAGAUUGAUUGAUCAAGUCCAAACAAAAAUCGUGCUUAUCUAUCAGGCUGGGGUAUCUCAGUUUAGAACAAACAUGACAAAGCGUGCCACGAAAUGGGACGAGGACAUCUCUUAAGCAAAGAAUCCGAGAUUAUAGAAAUAUUUUUGUUUCUUUUGUAAGUUGUAUACAGUCUUACGUUUGAAAAACUUAAUGUGUUGUCUGAGCAAGGAAAAAUCUCUGUUUCUGUAAGGAAAUCUAGACUAAGAAAUCAAUACGUCACUUGAAAGCUGAGAUGAAAUUUGAAAAUGGCUAAUAAGUCCCGCAUUCCAGAUCUUUGGUCAAAAUCUAUUUGUGUCUUUUCACAGGUUUUUGAUAAACCAUAUUGUGCACAAUCAGAUCUAGACACUUCACAUAUGCAAUCACUCAAGGUAUUAUAUUUCGGAUAUCAAGGUUGGGUAGCAGCUCUCUGACAAUUUGAUUAAAAGCUUCGUAUUGAGUGCCAGUAUUGCUUUCUAGAUUAACCUUGCUUCUCAUUUAGCAACUAGACAGCGAUAUCCAUAACUUCAAUAUCAUAUGAAAAUCAAGGGCUAAGCUUUUCUAUUCUUGGUAAAAUGAGAUCCUUUCUUUGAUCUCAAGUACUUCAUGUAGCCUAUCAAGGACCUAAAUUUGCGUGCAAAAUAUACAACAAGACAUAAAAUUUCAUGUAGCCUAUCUAAAAGGAUAUAUUUUCAGAUACCAGCGUACUUUGGUAUAGGACCUCAAGUGCAGAAAAUAUAUAAUACAUAAUAUAAUGGUGUAUAAAAUAUAAACGGGCCUAAAAAGAAUUCUAGCACCCAUAUGCUUCUAUCUAAGCUGCGAGGCCGCUUCAACUAAUCAUUGAAGAAUAACAUUCUACCGGAAUUGAAAAGUGAAAGAUUGCCUUCUUCUGCAAAACAUAUCGACACUUGUUCUGUACCGGUGAACCUAAAUGAGUUUCCCAAACUACAGGCCCGCUCUCAGAAUUUGAAGCUACAGACUACGGUCACGAAAAUUUGUCUCUAAACUUACAAAAAAGUUUGAUCGCUAAAAAACCACUAAAGGAUAUAAAAAUUAAUUUGAAAAAGAAAUAUAGCUCACCGCUUUUUCGAUGAGAUCCUUGAAAUUUGAAGGAAAUCCACUUGGCGUUGAAACCUUGAGAAUAGAAUUUUAGGUUCAAUGGAAAAGUCCGAGUUGUGCACCUUCGUUAUUACUUCAUAAAGGAUUCAGAAAGACUUUGGGUACAGUGAGAACCAAGUAAUAAUCGGUUGAUUUCAACAUUGGGUUAACACUGUUUAAACACUGGGUGCUAUCUAUCGUACUCUGUGAAAUUUUUGCUUGUUACCCGAGAAAAAAAACUGACAGUUCGUAUUGAAAUAAGGCCACGCCCCCUUAGAUAUAUAAAAAUCUUACGUUGCUGGAUAUAUAGGUAAUACGGUACACAUCUUAACACACAUAGAAAGUGAAAUAAUAUGUAAGAAAAAUGUGAUUGUAUAUUGACAUUAUUUUACGUACAGUCACUUGAGCUUGCAAAAAGUUAAUAUCAAAAUACAACCACAUAUGCUUUUACCCUAUUAAUUAUCACAACACAUCAACAUUCAAAACUAACAGUUUACUAAUAACACCAGAAUCGCAAUUCAUCAUUUCUGAACUUGCAACAAUUUCACGCUUAAAG